AUGUAAGUAGAAGAAUAAUAACAUAAAUCCAAUUUUUCAUUGCUCACAAGAGUUUAAAGUGUUUGCGCUGGAGCUAUCUAUCAAGGUUAUGCCAUGUCUGAAAUGCUUUUUACUGGUGCUUAUAUUCUAAGUAUGAAUGGAAUAAAUAUCUAUGACGAUGAUUUACCUGAUAAGCCUGAAUCAGUGAAAGCACGUUAUAUGACUCUCUUAAUUGGACCUAUCAUAUGUGUUUCAGGAUUUCUUAUAUCUUAUUUUACUCCGCUAUUCACUACUAAAUUCGAAAGGCGUUAGUGCAUGAUUAUAUCAGAUCUAAUUUUUUUGCUUGCAACUGCUCUCACUCAAAUUGAAUCUUUGUAUGUAUUUAUGAUUGCUCGUCUUUUGAUGGGAAUAACAUGUGGAAUAGAUCUAAUGAUUACUCCUCUUUACAUUCGUGAAGUAUCUCCUGAUAAUAUGGCAUCUAAAACAGGUUCACUCUUCUAAGCAAAUGUUUUUGUUGGAGUUAUCGUAGGAUUUUUAACUUCAAUUCCAAUGUAAAGUUUUGCUAGUAAUGAUUAGGAAAUAGGAAAUAAUUGGCGUUUUGUGUUUGCUUUUCCUGCUUUUUUCUCUAUAUGGCGUCUUGUUGUCCUAAAAUUUUUUUAUAAGGUUGACACACCUUACUAUUACUAUAGAAAUAAUAACUUAGAUAAAGGAAGAGAAGCUCUAGAAUAAAUUUUCAAACCAAAAUAUAUUUUAUAGCUAGAAUAAUAAUAUUUGGCCCCAGGAUCAAUAGAUAUUUAAGAAAUAAAAACUACUCAGCAACUUACUCUUAAUCAAAACGUUGAAGCAGUAAAUGCUAAUUAUAACUCCGUUUUGAGUGAAGAAAUUAAGAUAAUAGAAGACUAUGAUUAGUCUUACAAAAACCGUUUAAAAGUAGGACUUGUAGUUAAUUUUUGCUCACAAAUGACUGGCUGUACUGCAAUGAUAGGUUUAUCGCCUGUGAUUGUUGGGCUUAUUACUAGUGAUUAUGAAAUUCAACGAUGCAUUAUUUUAGGAUCAUAUAUUUUCCUCUUAUUAGUUGCUACUUUAGGUGUUGCAUUUAACCGUAGAUUAGCUCGUAAGAAAUAUAUAGUUGGUGGCUUUUUAGUUUGCUCAAUAUUUUAAUUUGCUAUUGCUUUAAUUAGUAGCUUUACUACAACCCUCAGCUAAAAUUACACUCUAUAAUUCGUCUUUUUGCUAUUUGUUUUCUUGUUCUAUGCUUCUUACAGUUUUUCUGUAGGUCAUGUAGUUGUUAUUUUGACAUCAGAUAUCCUUAAAGAUAGAGGUUUUCACUACAGCAUUAUGGCAAAUUGGCUUGGACUUUUGAUUUCUUUCUGUCUUUUGGUUAAUCCUUACUAAUAUAUCAAUCAUAUUAUUUAUGGUUCAUUUGCUUUUAUAGGAUUUUUAUUUUCAACAAAGUAUAUUAUUGAGACAAAAUGGCUUACCUUUAGCAACAUUUAAGAACUUUACAAAGAUAUUCAAAAAAAUUAGCAUGAAUAGCUUUACAAAAAGCAAACUAGUCAAAAAAUAGAAAUUAAAUAGAAAUUGAUUUCUAACCAAGAAAUAAAUUAUUGA